AUGGGAGAAUGGAUUGUACACUAUUAUAAAUCUUGGUUUGAUAAACCUCCAUGUUCUAUUUUGCGUGAAUUGCAACAUUAUGAAAGUGAAGAAUACCCAUUUGAUAAAGAAACUUUUGACCAAUAUGAGGAAUUUAUAUUAUCAGAUGAAAACACUAAUAAUAUGAAUAUUGAUACGGAAGAUACUAGGGAUAAUAAUCAUAUAGAAACAGUUAAGUGUGUAGAUGACUGGAAAGUAAUUGUAGAACGAUGGAUAAAUCUAACUAAAGAAGAAGAUGAACAUAUGCAAUAUAAUUUAGUGAGUUUAGAUGAAUCAGAACAUUUAACCGACUUGUAUGAAGAAGAAGAUGAAGUAAUGCAUCAAGAUUAUUUAAUUCAUCCCACAGAUAAUUUGGGAGCAAAAUGGAAAUUGACAGAUAUUUUUGUGGAUUCGUUAGUACAACCUGAUUCUAUCCAUUUUCUUUU